AUGGCCCCGUUGGCGUCGUCCGAAGUGCUGGACGACGACUCGUCAGGAGGACCACGAGGCCGAGGAUUCACACAACCGGCAUCAGGCACUAGCAGCAGAGCUGGAGCUGUCUUGCAGCACCUCAGAGAACAGGUGUCCAUUGUAACGCAUUUCUUUGAUCGCGUACUUCCUCUACGAAGAAACUCUGGCUACGUUACACAAAGUCAUGAAGAAUUCCCUCGACGUGUGCUUGUGAAAUCUUAA